CUUCGUAUUCUAUUUCUAUGGGUAUUCUAUUUCUAUAGAAAGAAAUAAAAAAAACAAAAGGUAUGUUGCUGCCCUUUUGAAAGGAGUAAGGAUCACCGAAGUAAUGUCUAAACCCAAUGAUUUUACAAAGCAAAGAUAAAGGAUUCCGAAACAAGGAAACACUAUUUUCAAUUGUCUCAAAAAUUGGAUCAGAAUUAGGAAUAAAAAUAGAUUCGAGAUGAGACAAACAAAAGAGGUUAGAGACGGCUCAAGAAAUGUCUAAGGAUUUCCCUUCGAAUUCUGUCAGAAUUACCCAACUUGAGUUAUGAGUACGAAUGAAAUUUAUUUUUUUUUUUUUUUUAGGAAGAACAAAAUAAUAAUAAUGAAUUAGACUAUGAUUUGAGUCAUUAUUUUGUGUUUACUAUUUGAUAUUAUAUACAGAAAGAUAUACCGAAAUAAAAAUAAUUUUUUCUCGAGCUCGAGCCGUAUGAGGAGAAAAACCUCCUAUACGUUUCUGGGGGGGGAUUGUUUAUGUACAUCUAUCCCAAUGAGCCAUCUAUCGAAUCGUUGCAAUUGAUGUUCGAUCCCGAAGAGAAGGAAGAGAUUUUCGAAAAGUGGGUUUUUAUGAUCCGAUAAAGAAUCAAACUUAUUUAAACGUUCCCGCUAUUCUAUAUUUCCUUGAAAAGGGCGCUCAACCUACAGGAACUGUUUAUGAUAUUUUAAGUAAGGCAGAAUUUUUUAAAGAAAAAACCUCGAGUUAAUUAAAAGAAAAAACAACAAAAUUAAUAAAAAAGGGGGGAGAUGAUUAAUAUAAAAUCUAUCUUUGUAUAAUUUUUUACUUACAAUUUUUUACCUAAAAUUUUCCCUUUUCUUGCUCUAUUCAUACUUAAAUUUACUUUUUUCUUGUUAUAGGAAUCCACCAACAAACAAGGGAUUAAUCUUGCUUAUUGUACCUCUAUUGAUUGAGUAAACCCGAGAUUUUUUCUUUAUCUUUUCCUUAUUUUUUUCCAUCAAAAUUUCUUAUUUAUGUUGUGCCAACCCAAUACAAAUCCUUAUUUUAUUUACUUUAUUUGUUAUUUGUUUUCUCAACAUUGCAUUCAUAUUGACAAUGGUGUAUCGAACAAAUAUAAUUGAUCAUAGAUAAAUUAAUUGAUCAUAGAUAAAUAAAUCUCUUUAUCCAGACCCCAUAUUGGGUUUUAACUUCACUUUUACUCAAAUAAUGGGUUUUGCAUUGUUGGGUUUACUGUCAUAUAAGACGUAUUUUGGAAUUUAACUUAACAAAAAUAAAAAAUUGAUAAAAAACUGGUAGGUCUGUCACAAUUUUAGCAUCUCUUUUAGGAAUCUGGUGUUUUUAAAUAUGAUCUGUACAUUUUCUAUUUAUUUUGUAUAAUCGAUCAUAAAACAUAAAAUAUUUUUUUAUUUAUUAUUAGUUCAAUGUUUUGAUGGGGUCGUGCAGUGCAAUUUAAUGGAUUUUUCAUUUUUAUCGUAUCUACAUAUCCUAUUUAUUUUAUUUUAUUCGGGUUGCUAACUCAACGGUAGAGUACUCGGCUUUUAAGUGCGACUAUGAUCUUUUACACAUUUUGAUGAAGCAACAAAUUCGUCCAGACUAUUGGUAGAGUCUAUAAGACCACGACUGAUCCUCAAGGGUAAUGAAUGGAAAAAGUAGCAUGUCGUAAUAAAAAAAAUUUCUUAUUUUAUUAAAUAUUUUAUUAAAAAAUUACAAAUUCAAAUGAAAGUGGAACUUUUAGUUUAUCCUUACUGGAUCGCUACAAAAAUAAAAAAUUUUUGGAAGGGAAGGGGACAAAACAAAUUCACAUUUACAGUUGGGUCUAGUGAAUAAAUGGAUAGAGCCUAUGGUUCCAAUUUUGGUAAAACAAAAAGCAACGAGCUUAUGUUCUUAAUUUGAAUUGAACGAUUACCCGAUCUAAUUAGACGUUAAAAAUAGAUUAGUGCCUUAUACGGGAAAGGGUGAGUUCUCCUGUGGGUGGACCAUUGAUUCUUUUUCCUUUUUUUUUAAUAAAUCCUAACUAUUCUUUAUUAUGGAUUAGAAACGGAUGUGUAGAAGAAACAGUAUACUGAUAAAGAGAAUAAAUUCCAAAGUCAAAAGAGCGAUCGGGUUGCAAAAAUAAAGGGUUUGUUAUCCUCUUGUAAUUAUAACGAAGAUAAACAACGAAGAUAAACCAAUUCGAUAGAAAAAGAGAAUAAAAAGAUCUAUUGAUUGGACUCCCUGUUUCCUUUUCGGGGUAUAUAUUUUUAUUACUAUUGUAUUCUAUAUACAUAAUAGAAUACAAAAUACCCUGUUUUGACCAUAUUGCACUAUGUAUCAUUUGAUAACCCAAUAAAUGCCUCCUACCCCUGCUUCAAGUGGAAAUGUAAAUGGAAGAAUUACAAGGAUAUUUAGAAAAAGAUAGAUCUCGGCAACAAUACUUUCUAUAUCCACUUCUUUUUCAGGAGUAUAUUUACGUAUUUGCUUAUGAUCAGGGUUUAAAUAGUUCAAUUUUUUAUGAACCCGUGAAUUUUGGGGGUUAUGGCAAUAAAUUUAGUUCAGUACUUGUGAAACGUUUAAUUAUUCGAAUGUAUCAACAAAAUUAUUUGAUUUAUUCGGUUAAUGAUUCUUACCAAAAUCGAUUCGUUGGGCACAACAAUUAUUUUUAUUCCCAUUUUUUUUCUCAGAUGAUAUCAGAAGGUUUUGCAGUCAUUGUGGAAAUUCCAUUCUCGCUGCAAUUAGUAUCUUCCCUUGAAGAAAAAAAAAUACCAAAAUCUCAUAAUUUACAAUCUAUUCAUUCAAUAUUUCCUUUUUUAGAGGAUAAAUUAUCGCAUUUAAAUUAUCUGUCAGAUAUACUAAUACCUCAUCCCAUCCAUAUGGAAAUCCUGGUCCAAAUCCUUCAAUCCUGUAUCCAGGAUGUUCCCUCUUUGCAUUUAUUGCGGUUCUUUCUCUACGAAUAUUAUAAUUGGAAUAGUCUCAUUACUCCGAAGAAAUCUAUUUAUGUUUUUUCAAAAGAAAAUAAAAGACUAUUUUGGUUCUUAUAUAAUUCUUAUGUAUCUGAAUGUGAAUUUGUAUUAGUUUUUCUUCGUAAACAAUCUUCUUAUUUACGAUUAACAUCUUUUGGAGCCUUUCUUGAACGAACACAUUUUUAUGGAAAAAUAGAACAUCUUGUAGUGUGCCGAAAUUUUUUUCAGAAGACUUUAUGGGUCUUCAAAGAUCCUUCCAUGCACUAUGUUCGAUAUCAAGGAAAAGCGAUUCUGGGUUCAAGGGGAACUCAUUUUCUGAUGAAGAAAUGGAAAUGCCACUUUGUAAAUUUCUGGCAAUAUUAUUUUCAUUUUUGGUCUCAACCGUACAGGAUCCAUAUAAACCAAUUAUCAAACUAUUCUUUCUAUUUUCUGGGUUAUCUUUCAAGUGUACUAAUAAAUUCUUCGGCGGUAAGGAAUCAAAUGCUAGAGAAUUCAUUUCUAAUGGAUAUUUUUACUAAGAAAUUUGAUACCAUAGUCCCAAUUAUUCCUCUUGUUCGAUCAUUGUCUAAAGCUAAAUUUUGUACCGUAUCCGGGCAUCCUAUUAGUAAGCCGAUUUGGACCGAUUUAUCAGAUUGUGAUAUUAUUAAUCGAUUUGGCCGGAUAUGUAGAAAUCUUUCUCACUAUCAUAGUGGAUCCUCAAAAAAACAGAGUUUGUAUCGAAUGAAGUAUAUACUUCGACUUUCGUGUGCUAGAACUUUGGCCCGUAAACAUAAAAGUACAGUACGCAGUUUUUUGCAAAGAUUAAGUUCGGGAUUAUUAGAAGAAUUCUUUACGGAAGAAGAACAAGUUCUUUCUUUGAUCUUCCCCAAAAUAACUUCUUUUUAUUUACAUGGAUCAUAUAGAGAACGUAUUUGGUAUUUGGAUAUUAUCCGUAUCAAUGACCUGGUAAAUAAUUUAUAAUAAAAUUAGGCAUAAAACAAUACAAUAGAAAUAGAAGAUAUAAUAGAAAUGAUCUAUAGAUAUAGAGAUCAAGAGAAAAAAAUAUUCACGAAUUCUCAUUCUGAAAUGCUCAUGCUCAUUCUGAAAUGCUCAUGUAAGUAGUGUAGUGGUUGAAUCAACUGAGUAGUCAAAAUUCUUAUACUUUCUUCUUUUUUCUCGGGAUGUUUUUUAUAUGUAUACAUAGGGAAAGUCGUGUGCAAUGAAAAAUGCAAGCACGGUUUGGGGAGGGAUUUUUUCCUCUAUUGUAACAAGGAAAAAUUAUCUACUCCAUCCGACUAGUUCCGGGUUCGAGUCCCGGGCAAC